ACACCCACACAAACUCAAUUUAAGGAUAAUUUGGUCAAUUUGAGCUGCUCAAAACCUGACAGGGGGUAUAGCUUGGAAUGAUAGGGUUAAAUUAGAACUUUUCAAAACAAAAACUAAGUCCAAUAGUUAAACAUGUAUGUAGCAUCAUCAGUAGAUAGAUAAACCAAACAGUGACACCAACAAAACAACCAAUAGAAACCUUUGUGUUCAUCUUCUUCCUCCAACACAAGAUUCCACUUCUUCAAUUUUACCGGUAAUUUCAAUUUUCUGAGAAAUUCUUAUCCUUUACAUUUUAAAGAUUAAUUUUUUUUUUGGAAUUUUUUGAGGUAAUUCAGUUUAUAGAACACUAGAAGAUUUUAUGGAUAUAGAGAUUUGAUUUUGGAAUAAUCAUGGCUUGUUUUUCUUUACCUUGUUGUACUGGGUCAUUUUUUACCCCAAAUAGGUUACAAAUUAGACAUUUUAGGGUUUAUAGAGGUUUAUGCACUAGCACUAGUUCAUUUGUUUUACCUUCAAUCAAGUUUAAUAGUUCUCAUAAUGAGUUUGUAUGGAACAAGAAAUUUGAGUAUUUUGGUAGAAAAUGUCGAAUUCCUUCGUCGAGGUUUAGUUAUUUUUGUUGUAAUUGCAAGUCUCAACAACAUGGUGUUGAGAAUAAAAUUGAGCCACUUGUUAGUAGAAGUAGGAGAGAUAGAAAGAGUGAUUAUGGUAAAGGAGAAAGUAAGAAUAGGUUGAAGAAGAGAUUUUCGUUGAGGUUGCGGCCGAGGUUACGAUUAUUGGUUAUGAGAAUGAAAAGGGCUUCUGUUGAAUCUGUUUUGAAUGAGGUGGGAAUGUUUGUUAGGAAGAAUAUUAGGACGGUGGCUUUUUCUACCUCGUUUUCGAUUGUGUUCACUCUUUGUUUCAUGUUUUUGAAAUUUACUUCACUCCCCCCUGCAAAAAUUGUUCCGUAUUCGGACUUGAUUGCAAAUAUUCAAGAUGGGUUGGUUGCAAAAGUUUUAGUUGAAGAGGGGUCUCGGCGUAUAUAUUACAAUACGAAGGACGAGGUUGUUGAAGAUGAUAAGGUUUCUGGUGAAGAAUCGCAACAAGUAGUAGAUGUUUCAAUGGAUAAGGAUAUAAGUGUGGUGGGGAGUGAGGUUGCUUCAAGAUCGGGCCAAAUUCCUGUGUUGAAUAAAUUGAAGAAACUUUCUAAGAAACGAGCAUUGAUUCCUGAAUGGCAGUAUUCCACGAGAAAGAUAGAUCAUGACGAAAAAUUCCUUUAUAGUUUGAUGAGAGAAAAGGGGGUUACGUUUAGCUCCGCACCUCAAUCUGCGUUAAUGUCUUUGAGGAGCAUUUUGAUAACUGUGAUCACACUGUGGAUACCUUUGAUUCCGUUGAUGUGGCUUCUAUAUCGUCAACUUUCUGCAGCUAAUAGUCCAGCAAAGAAGCGGAAACCGAAUAGUGAAACAGUUGGAUUUGAAGAUGUCCAAGGUGUUGAUUCUGCAAAAGUAGAACUCAUGGAGAUAGUUUCUUGUCUGCAAGGGGAUAUAAAUUACCAAAAGGUAGGUGCAAAGUUACCUAGAGGAGUGUUGCUAGUCGGUCCUCCAGGAACUGGAAAGACAUUACUGGCCCGUGCAGUAGCAGGGGAAGCAGGCGUGCCCUUUUUCACAGUAUCUGCCAGCGAGUUUGUAGAAAUGUUUGUCGGAAGAGGGGCUGCUAGAAUCAGAGACCUGUUUAGUACAGCAAGGAAAUUUGCACCAUCCAUCAUAUUCAUUGAUGAACUUGAUGCAGUUGGUGGCAAGCGUGGAAGAAGCUUCAAUGAUGAACGCGAUCAAACGCUAAACCAGUUGCUGACAGAAAUGGAUGGAUUUGAAUCAGAGAUGAGAGUGGUUGUUAUUGCAGCAACUAAUCGACCAGAAGCCUUGGAUGAAGCCCUAUGUCGUCCGGGUCGUUUCUCAAGGAAAGUAUUUGUAGGGGAACCUGAUGAAGAAGGAAGGAGAAAGAUAUUAGCUGUCCAUCUAAAAGGAGUUCCUUUAGAGGAAGAUGUUAACAUCAUAUGUCAGUUAAUUGCUACUCUUACCGAUGGUCUUGUAGGUGCUGAUUUGGCAAACAUUGUCAAUGAAUCCGCAUUGCUUGCCGCUCGUAGAGGUAGUGAAACUGUGGCAAGGGAAGAUAUAAUGGAAGCUAUCGAAAGAGCGAAGUUUGGAAUCAAUGAUAAGCGACUAAGGUCUAGUAAAAUAAGCAAAGAACUUGGUAAGCUAUUCCCUUGGAUGCCAUCAUUGAUGGGAAGAAGUGACAAGAGACUAGAUGAUAUACAAGGACCACUAGGUUAUCAGUCAUUGAGUCCAUGAAUAGGUUUGCCUGUUAAACUUACUUGUACAAUUUUUUCCCUUUCAUUGUUCACACUUAUUUUCUUGUACACCAAGAAAACAUUGUCCACAAAAUAAUUUGUACCUAUAAAAUGAAUGAGUUUUGAUUUUGAUCUUUGUAAAAUAUUUUAUUUAGUCUUCA